UGAGUUCACGCGCUAGAUGUUGGUAGGUGUCCGGCGCGUUCUGCAGCCAGGAUUCAGUGCAUUCUGUAGAGUAACUCAGUCUCCAGCCCAUUUUCAUUGCGCUCCAAAUACAAUAACUAAAUAUUUAGUACUGGUGCAGAGGUUUGAUAUUUAUUACUGAGCGUGAUUUAAUCACCCUGAUCCUGCUCUGUUAUAAACAUCAGAGAGAGAGAGAGAGAGAGAGAGAGAGAGAGAGAGAGAGACCCAGACUCAGACUCAGACUCAGACUCAGACCCAGACCCAGACCCGGGGCUGAUUUCCAGCAGAAAAGGAACUUCUACAGAUAAUAGUGGAUGGAGCUCAGGUGCAACAGACAGGCUUUUGAUGACCGCAAACGUAUAAAUGCAUGCAGAUUCCACGAGGAGAUUCAGAAUCCUAGCAUUAGUGCUUGGUUCCCCCUGAGCUUCUGAAGAUCAUGGGUCCAAAGCCUCAUGGAAGCAAAAACCAUGCCAGGCCCCUAAGAAGGCUUUCUGUAGCAAAAAAAGAUCAGCAGAAGAGCAAUGCAAAACUACAAAAAGGGCCUUCAAUCACUUCAUUUUUUAAGAACACACCACCUUCAAAACUGGCCUGCCCGCUUUGUGGCAAGUUUGUGCCGCGUUUCAAAAUUAAUGAACACAUCGACUCACAGUGUCGAGACUUUCUUGAGGAAAAUGACAUACAGGCAAGAGCAGCCAGUCACACCAACCAAGCGAAAACAUCCUGGCCCUUUUCAAAUAAUGCUCCACAGAGUCAUGAUGAUGGGAAAAAUGCAAGCUUGCAGAAAAAUGAUCAAGAUGCAAAGACAAGCCCAUAUUUUAAAAAGAGUGGCAUGACACUACAAGAAUCACCUAAGAAAAAUUACCACACUGGAGAGGUCACGACGGUCAGUCUUGGGCGUUUGUCUUCUAAGCUCUCCAAAAAAGUGCUGUUUCCUUUAGAGGACUCCAAAGUUCACAGCACCCAAUCGUCAUUGUUGAGUGAACCAAGUAGUUCACAAAAAGAAAACUACGAUGAGAAUGAAAUAGAUACAUCUGAACCUCCAGUGAUGAACUCGACAUUAACCUCUGAGGUACCAGCUGAUAAUCUACCUCGUAUUAAAACUGUUAAAGAGGCCACUUUAAAAGGAGAACCACUGGGUUCUGAUGUUUCACAAUCAGCAAACACAACUGCUUCAUUGAGGUUAAUGAAGAGAAAGAAAGAAGAGACUCCUGGUGGAGGUGUAGUUUCAAACACACAGAAGAAAACGCGAUAUUCAGGGAAAAGGACCGCCAAAUCUACCAGCACUGAUCCAUUACCAGAGGUUGAAGUCAGCAAGUCCAAACUCAAAGAUAGGGAGCAGACUUUGCCACAGGAUAGCAGUAGUUAUAUUCAACAGGAUGCUAGUGCCUCAUUUAUGGAACCUGGUUCACCCAGGUGGCCGUACUAUCUUCAGAACUUCCUGACUGUACUGAGAACAGUACUGGAGAAUAAGGAUGAUCGAAUGCUCUUCAGUGAGAAAGAACUUCUUUCUAUCCAGAAGUUCAAGCAGCUGUCAGUGCCUGGACAGAUGCUAUAUGUGCGUCUGUUUCAAAGGAAGUUGAAAUGGCUACAAGUGAGCAAAUUAGAUUACACUGAGAUUAGUUCAGACCUCAAUCCUGUUGUGCAAGAACUUGUGUCCAGUGGCUUCCUCCAGACAGAGUCUGAACUCACUGAGAUCCCAGAUGUAUUAGAUCUUCUACCUGCUCUGGAGCUCCGAAAUCUGGCUAAAACUUUCCACCUAGGUGGUUCUGGGAACAGUAGCCAGAAGCAGCAGCUGGUGGAAGGGCUUCUCCAUUUGUCCAGACAGCGCUCUCUAUUUUCUUUUGCCCAAAGCAACACUGCUGCAGUUAUUCUCAAAAGGGCAAAACAGCUAGCAGGCUCCUGUGUGUUUCUGUGUCGGGAGCCUCGCGCUAUGUUCUCUCGUGUCCUACUACUUUUCUCCCUUACUGACACUCUGGAGGAGGAGGAAAUGGCAUCAGGGGGUCAGGGCCAACUCUACACUAUUCUGCUGGUCAACUCUGGACGCCUGGCUUUCCCUGCCUACACAGUUCAGCGGUCUACCCUAGUGUUUAGAGACAGGGAAGACUUAAUCAGAUACGAAGCUGCAAUGCGAACCCUUCAGGAGGUGAUUACAGCAAUGCAGGCUGGCUGCUGGGAGGAUGCUCUAGAACUGUACACUUCAGCAAAGUCUAACUGGCAAAACUUAAAACAAACUUAUGACUUGAGUUGGCAAGAGCUGUUACCCAUGUUCCUGCGGUGCUUCACACUAGGCUGGACAUAUACACGUAUAUUGUCUCGAGGAGUCGAGAUUCUACAGAGGCUACGUCGUUAUCAGGAUGCCGUGGAUGAGCUUCGGUCUCUUCUGUCUCAGUCAAUGUUUUGUCCAGACAGCAGAGGGCGCUGGUGGGACAGACUGGCGCUCAAUCUGCAUCAGCAUCUAAAAUGUCAUGAGCAGGCUAUCUACGCCAUAAGGGAUGGAUUGAACGAUCCACUGGUCCGGACAGGUCACCGUCUGUCACUGCACCAGCGAGCCACCAGAAUGAAAGAGUCUGCGAGUUAUAAGAAGUACCGCCUACUGCUCCUAGACCUUCCUUCUAUUCAUGUGGACAGUGUGACUCAUGUUACAAUUCGAGGUCAGCUCUUUCCACAUGAGGGCGGUAUGGGCAAAUCUGUGUUCCUCAGGCCUGCUACUGGGCAUGAAGGCUCUGGAGAAGGAUGCGAUGGCAUGGUCCUAUGCUCUGUAGAGGAGCUGGCUUUGGCACAUUAUAGAGAACUUGGCUACGAUCAAGGCAUUCAUGGUGAAGGCACUACAUUCUCCACUUUGUUUGGCCUUCUGAUGUGGGACAUUAUCUUCAUGAAUGUCUCUGAUGUCUUCAGAACAUCGUAUCAGGCUUGUCCUCUGGACUUGUACACUGACUGUUUCUAUGAGAAUCGGAAGGAUGCUAUUGAGGCCCGAGCUGAGCUGUUGUCUGAGGCGUCCACAGAAACACUGCAGGAGCUGCUGGCUGAAGUGUGGAAUUCACAGGAGGGAAGAGUUUGUGCUCUUGUGAAUUGGGAGCGAUUUUCUUGUCUUCAACAAGCCCAGAGUUUAGUAGCAUGCCUAGGAGGACACUUUUUAAGUGGAGUGGUCCUUAAAAUGGCAAAAGACUAUAGACACAGCAAAGGUGGACUUCCUGACUUGGUUGUGUGGAACACCUCAAAGAGCAGCUAUAAGCUGGUGGAAGUGAAGGGCCCUAAUGACCGUCUGUCCCAGAAACAACAGAUCUGGCUUGAUGAACUGCAGAAGCUGGGUGCUGAUGUUGAAGUGUGUCACGUCACUGCUACUGGAGCUCGUGGAGCACGACUGGAAUAGAGACUACAAUUGCUUUCAUCAAAACUGCUGCACUAAUGGUCAAAACAUUUCACUCAUGCUGGUCAAUUCUCUCUAAAGACUUUUGAGAUUGUCCUUGUGUGAAUGUGCUGAUUUAACGCAACUGUACUUUAUACUUGUUCUGUACGACAACAUACUGCUGACACUACCACAUGUAUUAUACCUACAGUAUGAAGAGAGGAUUCUCUGUAUCCUGUGGCUGCUGCUUUCACCUUUUCUUAUCCUUGUCUUUUUGAAAAGAAUUACACUUGAUUAUAUUUAAAACAUGAAAUUAUAAGAGAAACUGAUGUAAUAAAAAUAUACUACAAAUAAUUUGUAAUUGAAUUCUGACUGAAAUUAUGUUAAAUAUUUUUGUAAUAAAAAAUUUAAAAAUGUUUAGAUAUGUCCAUUUGUUCUAAUUUCUGAAUGUGCUGUAUAAACACUAACAUGACCAGGGGAUUUUCUAAGCUGGAUUUGUGUAGGAGAAGCUGGAAAUGAUAACUGGGCUCAUGAUGACUUUAAGAUUGUUUCUUGACUCCGAAUUAAAUUCAUGUUUGCUUUUAUA